AUGUCAUAAACAUGUGCGAGAGCUGUAAAGAUGAAGCCAAAACCCAUAAUAACAUAAUUCACAAAAGUAAUAGUAAAACAAAUUGAAAAUAAAUAUAGUGCCGUAAGUUGGGUUAACAGUGUAUAAUAACUAAUUAGUAGCCAAGUAAUACAAUAAACUUAAAUUAACCCACUAUUAUCUGUAAAACAUAGUUUAAAAUGGUUGUUACUGUUAGUAAAACUAUGGCAAACGAUUUGGAUUCAGACUCUGAUCUUUCUUCUGCAGACGAAAUAAAUGAUAGUGAUGAUGUAUCUAAAGAAAACAAAGAAAGCGGCAGUGAAAAUGAUGAUGAAACAUUAAUAAAAAAUGAAGGUUGGGCUGACUCACUGGCGAAAAUACUUAGUUCAAAUAAACCAAAAAAUAAAAAAACUCUAGUGCUAUCAAGAGCUAAAAAACAUUCAGAAAUAAUAAAAAAGGCAAAAGAAGAGAAGCCAUCAUUUGAAGUUGUUGGAGAAUCUGUUGCUGAAACUAAACCAGAUAUAAGUACGGUUGAUUCAAAUGAAGCAGAGCAACCACCUGCUAAGAAAAAGAGGCAUGAAAAAUCAUCAGCAAGAAUAAAACCCAAUAUACUUGAAAAGGAUAGAGAGAGGUUAUUAUCAAAAAUUGCAACUAAAGGUGUGGUUCAAUUAUUCAAUGCUGUGAGGAAUCAACAAAAGACUUUCGAAAAGGAACUACGCAAUGAAGUGUCAGAGACCAGAAAAGAGAAAGUUUUCAAGAAAUUUGAUAAAAGAAGCUUUUUAGAUUCAUUAAUGGGUCAGUCAAAAUCAAUUAUAGUUGAUGAAAAUGCAUCUGGGAUAAAAGAUGAGCUUAAAAGUGAAGAUCAGCCUAAAUGGAAUGUUUUAAGGGACGAUUUUAUGAUGGGUGCGAAAAUGAAGGAUUGGGACAAAGAAGUUGUUGAAGAAUAAAGUAUUAAGAACAUUAUAA